AUGCGAUCCGAGAGCACAUACUCAAGCAAAACUGCCAGCCUCGAGCGCCAGCAAUCCGAACUCUCCCCGGGGUCCAUAUCAUCUUCACAAAUAAGUUUUGACGGCGGUGAUGAUGAAGGCACGUCAAAAUCAAUGGAUGCUGAGGCCGUUCGAGAGGAGACGGAGAAGUUGGCGAAAGCACAAUUGGAAAAAGCUCGCGUACGUUUUCUUGCCCUCGACUUUAUCUUACUGAUGAUGGAGAAGCCUAAACAACUGACCGAAUGCAAGCAAAGGCAACCAUUUUCUUUUUGA